AUGAAAUUCCCGGGCUCCGUUCUCGUCUCCCUCGUCCUUUUCGUGGCCGAGACGUUGGCCGCCCUGUGCCUGAGCGGUGCGUACCGUGCGGCGGGGGACCGCAUGUGGCAGUGGCUGACGCUGCUCUUCGCUCUCCUGCCCUGCGCUCUGGUGCAGCUCAGCUUGGUCUUCAUCCACCGCGACGUGAGCCGGGACCGCCCGCUGGUGCUGCUGCUGCACCUCCUGCAGCUGGGGCCCCUCGUCAGGUGUGUGGAAGUCUUUUACAUUUACUUCCGUGCUGGCAGAGUUGAAGAGCCAUAUGUCAGCAUCACGAAGAAGAGACAGAUGCCCAAGGAUGGGUACUCAGAAGAAAUUGAAAAAGAGGUGGGCCAGGCUGAAGGCAAGCUGUGUACCCACAGGUCUGCCUUCAGCAGGGCGUCCGUGAUCCAGGCGUUCCUCGGCUCAGCGCCCCAGCUCACGCUCCAGCUCUACAUCUGUGUCCUGCAGCAGGAGAUCACGGCUGCUAGAAGUAUUUUUAUGGUCCUUUCUCUCCUGUCGAUUGUCUAUGGGGCCUUACGCUGCAACAUCCUGGCUAUUAAGAUUAAGUAUGAUGAUUAUGAUGUCAGCGUGAAACCAGCUGCCUACCUCUGCAUAUUCCUGUGGAGAAGCUUUGAGAUUGCUACACGGGUUACGGUGCUGGUCCUUUUCAGUUCAGUCCUUCAAAUCUGGACUCUUCCCGUUGUGCUGGUGAAUUUCUUUGGGUUUUUCUUCUACCCAUGGAUUCUCUUCUGGCAAAGCAAGUCCCCGUUUCCCGAGAACAUAGAGAAGGCAUUGAGCAGGGUUGGCACUACCAUCGUCUUGUGCCUUCUCACCUUCCUGUAUGCUGGCAUUAACAUGUUCUGCUGGUCAGCGGUGCAGGUGAAGCUCAAUGAUCCCGACUUAAUUAACAAAUCCCAGAACUGGUACCGACUGACCGUGUAUUACAUGCUGCGCUUCAUCGAGAAUGCGUUCCUCCUGCUGAUGUGGUACGUCUACAAAACCGACAUCUACCUGUAUGUCUGCGCCCCGUUAUUGGUCUUGCAGCUCCUGAUAGGUUACUGCAUGGCUAUCCUCUUCAUGUUGGUGUUCUACCAGUUCUGCCACCUGUGCAAAAAGCUUUUCUCAUCUAGCAUUUCUGAAGGCUUGCUGUCUUGUUUCAAGUUCCUCUGCUUUAUUUGCAAGCCUCCCAAAUCCACCGCACUGACAGACAAGGCAGAGGUGAAAUCUCCAGAGAAUACUGAUGAAGCAUGGAGCAGUAGCAAGACCAUAGAUUCACAAAAGGGGAACCUUCAUCAAAGUGUUUCUUCCAAUGCCUAGUACAACUGGAAGCAAGUAGGUGCCUUUGGAAGGUAGCAGAUCACCUGCUGGGAAUGUUCUGUAUCUUGGACAUUGUGUCUUGUGGAUGGGAUCUCUUUCUUUCAGAUGUAGCACUAUGUGGCAACUGACAAGCCUACCUUUGUGGAAAACUUAGUGUAUGGACAUCUGUGUGUGUGUUUGUGUAUGGAGAGCAAUCACUGCUUGUAGACUUCUGUUUCAGAGUUUUUUGCACAUGGGUUUCUUAUCACGUGCAUAUUUUGAAAUCAUUAAGGAGACAUCCUUCAAAAACUGACCUGAUGAUUAUCCUACCCAGGAAAUCUGAGAAUGGAAGGGAAUGUAUUUUCUUUCAGAUAGGAUGUCAUUAUGGCAUAGACCUUGACUAUGCCUUGACUGUAGCUGUGGCCUGCUUUGAUCAAAGUGCAGUCUUUUUUACACUCUCAUCAGUGUAAUAAGAUAUUGCUUCUCUCUGUGGUAUAAAAAUUGGACUUGUACAAUGCACUGUAGUCUAGGUUGCCAAGAAACAGCCAAUUAGCCAGCACUAAUGUUGAAAUGUGACUGUUACUGAGAACAGAGUUACUGGCUUUGCACUGUUUUAUCCUUCAUAUUUGCUGCUUGUUAGUAAGGGAAUUAAGUUUAACACAUUCAUUGUGGUGUUAUGGAAUAGCUCAUUUUUCUGACCUUACCAUUUAUCUAAUACUUUUUCUUUCUAAUGUUCUGGUAUUAGAAUGGUGCUCACUCUGUGUAAACAUCUAGAAAUCGAGUAGGUUGUCAAGUAGUAGGUGCUCUCCAGAGCACAUCUCCAGGGAAUAAUUCAACCUAGCUUAAAAUGUCCUCUAAUGCAGGUGAUAUGAGUCAUACUCUGGAGAUCUGUUAGUGUUAAUCGGAUACUUUGGCAAUUAGUUUUGACUAUCCAUCUCCCUUUUAGAUGGCUGAAGUUGAGAGGAGCACUACCCUGAUUGUCAGGGGAUUAGUAGUACAUCAAGCAGGCAACUCAGUGGCUUGUUAUGUGGGAGUAGAAGACACCAAGUCCUUCUUUUUGAGGCUGUGAUAUGUCAUGGUUAGUUCUAUAUCAAUAUUUCAAAGCCCUCUGACCUCUUUACCUCAGAAGUAUCACAGGCUUGAAAUCUGAAAAAAGAAAUGGAAAUUGUUGAUGUUUUUUUCUAUGCACUACAUCACCACAAAUAAGUGUGUUUCUGUAUUUCACAAGUUAGUGAGAAAGCUUUAGCAAAUGGACACCCAAGAAUUAGUGGAAAUGCACAAAAGCAACUGUAUUUUCAAAACUUCACUGAAAUCUUUUUGCACUUUUUUUGCCUCGCACUUUGCAUUUCUUCUGUGUAUUACACGUCAUGGCUGCUCGUGGAAACAAAUAAUUCAUGACACAAAGCAUCUCUUGGUGUCCUAAGCUUAGCCUCCAUCUUGUUGCCAUGGAGGAUGUGAAGUUCUUCAGUAGGGAUGAUAUCAGCGUCAUUGUAUUAGAAGCGUCUCAAGUUCGGAUCUGAGGUCAUUUAUAAUGAAAUAUGUGACAUGCAGUGCUGCAAAGAGCUAAGCUGGUUUUAUUUAUUUAUUUAUUCUUUACUGCACUGUAAAUUAAUGUCUUCAUACUUCAGUUUUAUAAUGCAGCUAUAGUUUGUCAUUAAAUUAUUGGUGGGUGGUAAUGGGAAUUUUUGUCUUGAAUUUGUCAUGGGAAUGUACCUCACGUAUCUAGGGAUAACACCAAACACCUCAGUUCUACCUUCUCUCUCUGAGGAGCAUAGAGUAGUGAAGUGACUCCUUGAAGACACUACUGUAUUUCUCUGUACUUCUAUAUGUAGGAGUAUAGCAUUUCUCUGUACUUUUCUAGAAGUAGAGUAUUAUUUUUUUUAGUAGUGAGUUAAAGGAGCAAGUGAGAAUGUAACCCUUGCUUCCAAACCUGUAGAGUUUAGCACAUAGGGCCAACUUUUCAGGUGUUCUUAGCUAAAACUGAGUAUCUGACUUUAUAAUUGGGUACUCAUCAAUAAUCAGGGAAUUAUGAAUGUCGCCUGUUUGCAGAGGUACCUAGGUCUCAAAUGUUAGUCUUUGAGGGAAAAAAAAAGCGGCUUCACAUAUAGAAGUAUUACAUAUUUAAAGAGAGAGCUUUCAAAUCCUUAAAGCAGGCUUUGGACACUGUAAGUGGGAUUUUGACAUUUGGAAACAAUGGAAGCUUCACAAACCUCAGCUGGUGAAAUGUUUGUGCUACAGUGAACAGCAGGAGAGUUACACAACCAGGAUUCCAGCAUGUAUACAUAGGGAGUACCACUGAACUCCACAUACCAAUGAUGAAGAUGACUGUAUAUGCAUAUUUUUAGAGUGUGCCAUAUUACUUCCUAUUUUUUAUACCAGUGUCCUGAAAUGCAUGCAUAGGGAACUGAAUAUCAAAAUCACUGUUAUGAGAGGAAAGAAAACUAAGAGAGAUGUAUAUGGGUUAUAUUAAUGUCAUAUGAUUUUGCCUUAGCUGUGUACACGAACCAAAUGCAGGUUAAAACACAAGGGCGGUUGCUUUUGCAGUGUCUCAUGUCACCACAGAUUAACUGAACAGUAUUGCAGAUCAACUUAAACUGUGUAUGUUUUGAUGUAGCUGUGCUGCCAUUGCUGAUAGAAAGAAGGCAUGAGAGGCAGUAAUAGAGACAAAGAUAAUCUGUUAAGACCAGUCUUUUAAAGGACAAGCUCAUUCUUCUCAAGUGUGUGAUAAUGCUAGGAGAGGCAACUUUUCUCAGGAUAAUGACAGUCCAGACAGUGUUGUUAUCAAUACGCCCAGAAGCUGCACUUAGAGGACAUGCAUGAAUGAGUGAUCUCUUGCUGCAGGUUUGCUGUGGCUUCACUCCCCUCUGUGAAUGUUAGAGGUGUAUGGGUUUAAUGGAAAGAUAUAGGGAUACUGUUACUAAACUGUGCUCACUUGAGUAGUCCUGAGCCACACAAAGCAUCGCUCAUUAUUCAUGGAUGUAAGAGUAUGCAAGAUCUGAUACAUAGGUUUUCUUUUGUAUUUGUAAAACACUACAAAUUAAAAUGUUGAGAUACUCCCUUCA